CCCUGUUGGUGCUUCUAGACACCCCGCAGUGACGUGGGCGUGAGCACGAGAGCCAUGAGUGAGUUUCGGAUUCACCAUGACGUCAACGAACUGCUCAGCUUGCUCCGUGUGCGUGGGGGCGACGGGGCAGAGGUCUACAUGGACCUGCUACAGAAGAACAGGACGCCCUACGUGUCCACAACAGUGUCCGCUCACAGUGCCAAGGUUAAAAUCGCGGAGUUUUCUCGUACUCCAGAAGACUUUUUAAAGAAAUAUGAUGAACUCAAAUCCAAAAAUGCAAGGAACCUGGAUCCUUUGGUGUACUUGCUGUCAAAGUUGACAGAAGACAGAGAGACCCUGCAGUAUCUACAGCAGAACGCGAAGGACAGGGGUGAGCUGGCUGCCAGCAGCACCACCAGCUUCAGCGUCCCAGCCUCGGCCUCCAAGAUGUCCUUGCAGGAGCUGGAGGAGCUCAGGAAGCAGCUGGGCAGUGUAGCCACAGGCUCCACCUUGCAGCAGUCCUUCGAGCUUACCAGAAAGAUGCUUCGUGACAAGCAGAACAAGAGGAAUCUGGGCCAGCCUCUCCCUGUCUUCCCGGCCUGGGUGUAUGAGAGGCCAGCGCUGACAGGGGACUUUCUCAUUGGCUCUGGGCUGAGUACGGAUGUGGCCUUGCCCAUAGGUGCACUGCCCCUGGCUGCCCAGGAGGCAGCUGUGGUGGAGGACUUGCUGUAUGUGCUGGUGGGCGUGGAUGGCCGGUAUAUCACUGCCCAGCCCCUGGCUGGGAGGCAGACUCGCACUUUCCUUGUGGACCCCAACCUUGACCUGUCCAUCCGCGAGUUGGUGAACAGGAUCCUCCCCGUGGCUGCCAGCUACUCCACUGUGACCAGGUUCAUCGAGGAGAAGUCUUCCUUCGAGUAUGGCCAGGUGAACCAUGCGCUGGCGGCCGCCAUGCGCACCCUGGUCAAGGAGUACCUGAUCCUGGUCACACAGCUGGAACAGUUGCACAGACAGGGCCUGCUGUCGCUGCAGAAGCUCUGGUUCUACAUCCAGCCGGCCAUGCGCACUGUGGACAUCCUGGCCUCCCUCGCCACCUCAGUGGACAAAGGUGAGUGCCUCGGGGGCGCAACGCUAAGCUUGCUCCACGACAGGACGGUCAACUACACAGGAGACAGCCAGGCCCAGGAGCUGUGCCUGUACCUCACCAAGGCGGCCAGCGUGCCCUACUUUGAGGUUCUGGAAAAGUGGAUCUAUCGGGGCAUCAUCAAUGACCCAUACAGUGAGUUCAUGGUGGAGGAGCACGAGCUGCGCAAGGAGAAGAUCCAGGAGGACUACAACGACCGCUACUGGGACCAGCGCUACACUGUUGUGCCCCAACAGAUCCCGUCCUUCCUGCAGAAAAUGGCUGGCAAGAUCCUCAGCACAGGGAAGUACCUGAAUGUGGUCCGAGAGUGUGGCCGUGAUGUCACAUGCCCUGUGGCCCAGGAGAUCCUCUACACACUGAAGGAGCGGGCAUAUGUGGAGCAGAUCGAGAAGGCCUUCAGCUAUGCCAGCAGGGUACUCCUGGACUUUCUGAUGCAGGAGCAGGAGCUGCUGGCCCACUUGAGGUCCAUCAAGCGCUACUUCCUGAUGGACCAGGGGGACUUUUUCGUGCACUUCAUGGACCUCACCGAGGAAGAGCUAAGGAAACCUGUGGAAGACAUCACGCCCACACGGCUGGAGGCCCUGCUGGAGCUGGCCCUGCGCAUGAGCACUGCCAACACCGACCCCUUCAAGGAUGACCUCAAGAUCGACCUAAUGCCUCAUGACCUGGUCACCCAGCUGCUCCGGGUGCUGGCCAUCGAGACCAGGCAAGAGAAGGCCAUGGCUCACGUGGACCCCACUGAGCUCACCCUUAGUGGGCUCGAGGCUUUCUCCUUUGACUACAUCGUCAAGUGGCCGCUGUCGCUCAUCAUCAGCAGGAAGGCACUGACCCGCUACCAGAUGCUGUUCCGGCACAUGUUCUACUGCAAGCACGUGGAGCGUCAGCUCUGCAACGUGUGGAUCAGCAACAAGGCCGCCAAGCAGCACGCGUUGACCUCAGCCCGCUGGUUCGCCAGUGCCUUCACGCUGCGCCAGCGCAUGCUCAACUUCGUGCAGAACAUCCAGUACUACAUGAUGUUCGAGGUCAUGGAGCCCACCUGGCACGUUCUGGAGAAGAACCUCAAGUCUGCCUGCAACAUUGAUGACGUCCUGGGCCACCACACGAGCUUCCUGGACACGUGCCUGAAGGACUGCAUGCUGACCAACCCUGAGCUGCUGAAGGUCUUCUCCAAGCUCAUGUCGGUGUGCGUCAUGUUCACUAACUGUAUGCAGAAGUUCACACAGAGCCUGAAGCUGGACAGCGAGCUGGGCCGGCUGACGCUGGAGCAUGGCACCAUGCUGGGGCCACCCACAGAAGCCGAGCGGGCCGAGGAACGCAGCCGGAAGGAGUCUGCCAGGAGGCACCUGACCGAGCACAUGGACACGCCUCAGCUGGCCUCUGGCUUCGAGGCUGCUAUCAGCAGCUUUGACAAGAACUUCUCUGCUCACCUGCUGGACCUGCUGGCCCGACUGAGCAUCUAUAGCACUAGCGACUGCGAGCACGGCAUGGCCAGUGUCAUCUCCAGGCUGGACUUCAACGGCUUCUACGCGGAGCGCCUGGAGCGCCUGUCUGCAGAGAGGAGCCAGAGGGCAGCACCACCUGUGCCCGGCCCCCGAGGGCCCUCAGCAGCAGUGCCCAGGGUGGCGGUCACUGCACAGUGAGCCUCAGCCCAGGCAGGAAGUCCACGGGGCAGCAGGUGCCAUUGGCCUGCCCCUGUGGAUGUGUUGCAGCAGCCAUCAGCACUGAGCUCUGUUUCUCCAGCUGCCCUUCUCUGAAUAAA